ACACUUGGUCAUUGCGAUUUCCAGUUUCCUACACAGCAGUCCCGGACUCCCGGUUCCCCCACUCGCGCAAGUCGCAAGCUCUCCUCUGCGGCUCUGCCUGUCUUUCGUUUGCUUUGCCAUUGCCUGACUAGUGCUUACUGCCUAGCCGCCUAGGGACGCGAUGGUGUUCAAGGGGCGCUUCUUCUCGUCGCGACACAAGUCAUCGGAAUCCUCGUCAAGCCCAGACGGCAGCAACAGCCCGCGCACGCCUACCUCGGCGCCGGCCUCGGUAUCCGCGGCGUCGCCGGCGUCGUCAUCGUCUUCUAAAUCCGACAAGAAGAAGACUAAAUUGGAGACUCCCAAAAAGCGCGACAAGCUCUUUGGUUCCGCGGCUACCGCCCCCAAGAGCGCCGCGUCGUCGGCCCCGUCAAGCCUGGCGGGUGACGGGAGGAAGGGGCCCGUGCUGCAUCAUAGGGACGCGGGCGGCGGAGGCGGGGGUGGCGCAUCGGCGGCCGCGCUGUCGCCGAUCCUGGCGUCCUCACUGGGGCUCAACCGGAUCAAGACGAGAUCCCGGCCGCUGCCGCAGGAGGGCCAACGCAUGGCUGCCGCGCUCGCCAGCAGCAACCUCUCGCACGGGCAGGGCCAAGCGGAACCGUCGGCUGGCUCAGCCGGAGACGGCGGGAGAAAGGGCGUCAGCUCCUCGGCGGACACGAGUAGUAGCAGCCGCGGGAUAGUGAAAACGACCGAGCUGGCGAUGCGAAGUGCACCUGGGACGAACUUCGGAGCAGGAGGGAAGAACGCUGUAAAAGUUAAACCUAGUGCACAGCGGAACCAUUCUGGAGAUUUGAGGACACCUACUCACAUACCAGAGGCUGCGUGUGUAUAUGAUCCGUGUGAGACACCAAAGGAAUCCGAGUCUCCGCGCUUUAAAGCAAUUAUGCAGGCUACUAGUGCACCAAGGAAGAGACUCCCUGCAGAUAUAAAAAGUUUUUCACAUGAGCUGAACUCUAAAGGGGUGUGCCCAUUUCCUUUUUGGAAACCUCGGGGCAUUUACAACUUAAAGGAGGUAAUAAAAGUUAUCCAGAUGAGAUUUGAGAAGGCAAAGGAAGAGGUAAAUUCAGAUUUGGCAGUUUUUGCAGGAGACUUGGUUAGCGUAAUGGAAAAGUAUGCAGACUCUCAUCCUGAGUGGAAAGAAACCUUGGAGGACAUGCUAAUACUUGCACGUACCUGCUGUGUGAUGACACCUGGGGAAUUCUGGCUUCAGUGUGAAGUUAUAGUGCAAGAUUUGGAUGACCAUCGUCAGGAGCUCUCAAUGGGUGUUCUGAAGAAACUAUAUACUCGGAUGCUUUUUAUCCUUACAAGAUGCACAAGGUUGCUUCAGUUCCACAAAGAAAGUGGGUUUGCUGAGGAUGAAGUUGUUAUCCAUCAGCGUGAUAAGAUUAUACAGUCUGCAGAUAGGCAGGUUUUAACUCAACCAGGUGCAGAUGGUACAAUAUCCAGAGCCAGUAAAAGUGAGGCAAGAAAAUCAUACAGUCAGGAGCAGCAUAAUUUGAAAUGGAAGCGCAGCCAGGAGAUAAAGCCUGUUAAGCUUCUUCCACCACUUGACACAGAUGUUAAGAAAGAUGCUGUUUCUCCAAGCAAAGAACGGAUAUCUUCUUGGAAACCUUUUCCAUCGCCUAAUACAAAGGUCCCAAAGGAAUCUAUUCCUACUAAAUCGGAAUCACCUAAUAAGAAAACUGAUGCACACUCUACAGUUAGUAGCCAUGUUGAAUUAAGCAGUCAAGUUGAAUCUUUACCACAACAACAGCUUCCUGACAAGCAUCAACAUAAAACUUCAUGGGGACACUGGUCUGACCAGCCAAAUAUUUCUGAAGAGGGUUCAAUAAUGUGCCGCAUAUGUGAAGAAUAUGUUCCGACACACUAUGUAGAAGACCAUUCAAAGGUCUGUGCAAUUGCUGACAGGUGCGAUAAAAAAGGUAUUAGUGUUGAUGAACGCUUAAUCAGAGUUGCGGAAAUGCUAGAAAAGAUGGUAGAAUCUUAUUCGCCGAAAGACCUGUCAAAUGCUGCAGUCAUCCCAGAUGUUGCAAAAGUUUUAAGUUCAAACGUCAAUGAAGAAUCAGACGAUCCCUCUCCUAAACUAUCUGAUUGGUCUAGAAGAGGAUCGGCUGAUAUGCUUGACUAUCUCCAGGAGGCUGAUAACACUAUUUCAUUGGAUGACAUUAAAAAUCUUCCUUCAGUGACAUUGUCAUGGGCAUCAUAGGGAGCGGUCACUCAUGUGGGGUCGCACUUAUGUGCGCCAAAAGCGAGAGGCCGCAGGGGGCGCUGGCAGCAGCGCGCGCAAGGAAGGCACGGGCGCUGGCAGCAGCGCACGCAAGGAAGGCAUGGCAAAGGAAAGCGCGCACAAGGAAGGCAUGGCAAAGGAAGGCAUGGCAAAGGAAAGCGCGCACAAGGAAGGCAUGGCAAAGGAAAGCGCGUGCAAGGAAGGCAUGGCAAAGGAAGGUGACUGAUUUGGUGGCUAAAUUGAUAGACCUAAAUUUAGGGGAGAUGAUUUCAAUUAGUCACUUGCCUAAUUAGUGGUUGCCUAGUUUGUCAACCGGUGGCCUAUAUAUAGGCCUGUACGCAGGAGACAAAUGAAGGAGGAAUAUAUUAUCAAACCAAUCUCUCUCUCUCUUGCAAUGACUCUCAAGCGCCUAGGGCUGCUACCCUAGAACCAAGCCUGCGGCAGAGGGGUAUAACCUCGCCGGAGAAGACAGCUAUCCUCAUGGACCGAAGGUCCAUGACACCUGGUAUCAGCUCCAGGUUAUCCUCACCACCACCAGCCGCCCAUACCUCACCACCACCAGCCGCCGCGCCAUCAGCCGCCGCAACGACCUCCCACCCGCCCUCUCCAACUCUAGAUGCAUUCACUCGGCUCAAAGAGAGUUUUGGCCGCUUCACAGAGCAGUGGGAUCAGUUCGUUGUGAUGUUCCACCGCUACAAGGAGAAGACAGAGAAGGAACUCCAAGCAGCGGUGCGGCUUCAGACGGCAGCGCGAGGGUUCCUGGCACGCCGCCAGGUACAGUCCCUUCGUGGGGAGAAGCACCUUGCUGUGGCCUCCAGGGCCACCCCAUGGCCGUCAUCACAUGAGCAGGCCGUGGUGCGCCUGCAAGCCGCAGUGCGCGGCUUCCUUGUUAGGCGGGCGGUGCGGAAGCUGCACUUGCUGAUCAGCUCAUCGCUGCACCAACUCGCAGCCUGCGUGCCCAACCACCAGGUCUCAUCUAUACUUUUUGAACCCCCUGCAGAAGUAGAGAUCUGGGUAUGCAGCCCCCCUGCACGGCCAAAGAGGGUCGUCUCCUUCAUUCGGGCACCUGCCUUGGUGUUGGACAGACCCAACAUAAGAACGGGCUGGUUCCUCCUCCACCUUUCAUCCAACGUCAAGGCCGCAAUUCAGCUCUUUCCUUGGGAUCCAGGAGGACAGGAGGACAUAGCUGCAGUUCAAAUUUAUAUUUUAGUUCCACAAUUAUUUUAUAUUUUCGUCUUAAAUAAUAAAGGUAAGCCGAGAUGUAAAAGGCUUAACCUUAAGUCGUGUCAGGUAAGUCUAUGGCAGCUCGAGGACAAGCUGGUCCUCAAGGGAGGGGGAGAUGUCAUGGGCAUCAUAGGGAGCGGUCACUCAUGUGGGGUCGCACUUAUGUGCGCCAAAAGCGAGAGGCCGCAGGGGGCGCUGGCAGCAGCGCGCGCAAGGAAGGCACGGGCGCUGGCAGCAGCGCACGCAAGGAAGGCAUGGCAAAGGAAAGCGCGCACAAGGAAGGCAUGGCAAAGGAAGGCAUGGCAAAGGAAAGCGCGCACAAGGAAGGCAUGGCAAAGGAAAGCGCGUGCAAGGAAGGCAUGGCAAAGGAAGGUGACUGAUUUGGUGGCUAAAUUGAUAGACCUAAAUUUAGGGGAGAUGAUUUCAAUUAGUCACUUGCCUAAUUAGUGGUUGCCUAGUUUGUCAACCGGUGGCCUAUAUAUAGGCCUGUACGCAGGAGACAAAUGAAGGAGGAAUAUAUUAUCAAACCAAUCUCUCUCUCUCUUGCAAUGACUCUCAAGCGCCUAGGGCUGCUACCCUAGAACCAAGCCUGCGGCAGAGGGGUAUAACCUCGCCGGAGAAGACAGCUAUCCUCAUGGACCGAAGGUCCAUGACAGACAUGUAAGACUCGUUUUGGACCAAAAUCUGAUCAUGGAAUGGCCACUUCAUCUGCGGGAAGUAUGACUCCUAGGUCUCCAAUAACAACUCCAAGAUCAAAUCAUAUAGACAUGCUUUUAGCCGGUAAAAAUGCAAUUAAUGAGAGUGAUGAUCUUCCACAGAUUGUCGAACUUGCUGAUAUUGCACGAUGCAUAGCAAAUACUCCUCUGGAUGAAGAAAGUGCAUUAUCUCAAAUGGUUACCUGCAUAGAAGAUCUCCAAGAAAUUGUCAACUGCAGGAAGCAUGAGUCUCUCACAGUGCAGACAUUUGGAACACGAAUAGAAAAACUACACAGGGAGAAGUAUCUGCAGCUCUGUGACUCGGUUGAUAUGGACAAGGUUGAUUCAGCAAGCACCAUAAUGGAUGAGGAAGACAACGUUGUUCGUAGCUUGCGCGCAAGUCCUGUCCAUCCAAUCAAGGAUCGCACUUCAAUUGAUGACUUUGAAAUCAUCAAACCUAUUAGCCGUGGAGCAUUUGGACGUGUUUUCUUGGCCAAGAAAAGAACUACGGGAGACCUUUUUGCUAUAAAGGUUCUUAGGAAGGCAGAUAUGAUUCGGAAAAAUGCUGUCGAGAGUAUAUUGGCUGAACGUGAUAUAUUGAUUACAGUCAGGAACCCUUUUGUGGUACGGUUUUUCUAUUCGUUUACCUCACGGGACAAUUUGUAUCUGGUCAUGGAGUACCUGAAUGGAGGGGACCUUUACUCAUUACUGAGGAAUUUAGGGUGCCUGGAUGAAGACGUUGUUCGUGUAUAUCUUGCAGAAGUUGUACUAGCUUUGGAAUAUUUGCACUCUAUGCACAUAGUCCAUAGGGAUCUAAAGCCUGACAACUUGUUGAUAGCCCAUGAUGGACAUAUUAAGUUGACAGAUUUUGGGUUGUCCAAGGUUGGUUUGAUUAACAACACAUAUGAUCUGUCUCGUCCUGUUGUUAGUGGGGCUUCACUGUAUGGAGAUGAUGAGCCUCAGAUGAAUGAAUUCGAGCAAAUGGAUCACCGAGCACGGAGACAAAAUCGUUCUGCUGUUGGAACUCCUGAUUAUUUAGCACCAGAAAUCCUUUUGGGGACAGGACAUGGUUGCAGUGCAGAUUGGUGGUCCGUUGGUGUCAUUCUAUUUGAGCUCAUUGUUGGCAUACCUCCGUUCAAUGCAGAACACCCCCAGACAAUUUUUGACAAUAUUCUGAAUUGCAAAAUACCUUGGCCGCAUGUCCCAGAAGAGAUGAGUUUUGAUGCACAAGAUUUAAUUGACAAAUUAUUGACAGAAGAUCCUCAUCAACGACUAGGAGCAAAUGGCGCCUCAGAGGUUAAACAACAUCCAUUUUUCAAAGACAUUAGCUGGGAUACCCUUGCUAGGCAGAAGGCUGCCUUCGUUCCCUCCUCAGAUAGUGCAUUUGAUACUAGCUACUUCACCAGUCGCUAUUCUUGGAAUCCAUCAGAUGGAAACAUAUAUGAAGCAUACGAGUUUGAGGAUUCCAGUGAUAAUGGAAGCCUUAGUGGAAGCAGUAGUUGUGUGAGCAACCGCCAAGAUGACAUGGGGGAGGACAGCGAUGGCCUCAAUGAGUUUGAAUCUAGUGCAAAUGUCAAUUAUUCUUUCAGCAACUUCUCGUUCAAGAAUCUAUCACAACUUGCUUCCAUCAAUUAUGAUAUGCUCACCAAAGGAUUGAAGGAUGAUCCACCGCCAAGAACUGAAACGUAGCAAUCAAUCUAAAUUUGGACUCUCAUCCGAGUAAUCAAACAGUCUACAAGGUGUUCGCGGGAUGUAGGUCUUGUACAUAUCAAAGUGUGAGGCAUGGUCUGUUCCAAUUGAGGCUGUUCCUACAUCUCGCGGAGCCGAGUACAGUUUUGUUGUUACCUUGUUUUCAUGACCAAUUGACAUGCCAUCAUCAGUGAAUCACCCUUGACCGAAUUGGGCAGAGCGCUGUCUUUUUGUUCCCCUUUGCUUUUUUUUUAAAAAAAAAAUCAGUCCAUUAUGAGCCUUGGGUUUGGGGAGAUUGGCCCAGGUUACUGUAUUCAGAAUACAACCCCUGAAGAUGUAGGUGGGUUUUAGGAAAUUGUCAUUCUAGAAUUUAUUCUGGACACAUUUAGCUAACUGAACAAGCCCUAAGCUGGUAGCCCGCUGGAUUUCCUGCGGCCAGAAAUGUUCACAGCAUUCUUGAUGGCCAUGGGAUACAGCAUUUUGCUAAAUGUGUCCAGUGUCCCACAGAAUCUGGGACAUUAUAAGAAUAGGAACCGAUUGAGGCUGGUGCUGUUUGUUUCAACAGAGAGUACGGGAACGGUAAUGCAACUAGCAAACGGUGAUAAUUGUCAAAGGAAUAAAAACGCUCUCUGUUUGGUUCA